CGUGGCGGGCCGCCGCCGUGCCGCCGUCGCUCGCGCUUCAGGCCUCAGUGUGUGCAGUGGCGCGAUCGGGAGUGGACGUGAAGUUGGUGCUGUGCCCGUGCGCCCGCGCGAAGUGACUGAGAGUGAUUGAAGUGACCGACCGGUGUUGUGACAGUGCCAUGGCGCACGGAGUGAUGGAGGAGUGGACGGACCGCGACAGCUGCGGCAGCGAGAAGAGCCCCGGGCCCGCCCAGGGCAGCGCCGGCGCCUCCGGCCGCGUCAUGGGGUCGCGGCGCAUCUUCCCCCCGCAGUUCAAGCUCCAGGUGCUGGACUCGUACCGCCAGGACCCAGACUGCAAGGGGAACCAGCGCGCCACCGCCAGGAAGUACGGCAUCCACCGGCGCCAGAUCCAGAAGUGGCUGCAGAUGGAGAGCCACCUGCGGAGCAUCGCGAGUGGAGGCGGCGGCGGCGGCAGCGCCAGCAGCGGCGGCGGCUCCUCCAUGGGCAGCCCGGCGCCCAGCCCCAGCCCCACCCUGGAGGCGCACGGGGUGCACGCCAUGCACGCGGCUCACGCGGUGCACGCCGCGCACGCCGCGCACGCCCUCACGUCGGCCUUGAACCUCUCCGGCGUCGUGAGGGCCGGGCGCGCGAGCCGAGGCGCGAGCCCCGCCAGCGGAAGCGGCUCCCCCCUUCACGUCCCCUCGCCCGCCGGCUCGCCCGGGCCCGGGGCGCCGCUGCUCGCGCAACCCCUGGGCGCCCUCGGCCUCAUCCACCAGGCGCUCGGCCACCAGGUGCACCACAACGAUACUCUGCCAUUGGCCGUGCCCGUUCCCCGCCUCAGUGUCAGCCCCACCCUUCCCAUCAAGAAGAGGUGGUGCCACAGCCCCGAGCAGUCUUCGGCCACCACGCCGCCGCCCCUGCAGCUCGCGUCAGACGAGGAUGACGACGACGAGGAUAUUGAUGUCGACGGCGAUGGCACCGAAUCUGAAGCGAGCAGCGCCCUCGACUACACGACGGCCACCCUCAGCAAGCGCCGUUCCUUCUCGCUGCAGUUCAAGCUCGCCGUGUUGGACGCCUUCAGGGAGACGCCCCAGUGCCAGGGGAACCAGCGCGCCACCGCGCGCGCCUUCGGCAUCAACCGCCGGCAGGUGCAGAAGUGGCUGGGCCAGGAGCCCGAGCUGCGCGAGGAGGCCGUCAGCCGGGGAGGACUCAACCGUCAACGCCUCGGCCGGUGGAUGGACCAGGAGGAGUCCGAGGCCGGCUGCCUCGACCUCAGCCGCAAGCGGAAGCUCGACGCGGCUUCGGACCUGGACGACGCGGAGACCGAGGCGAAGAAGUCGCGGGUGAGGCCCUCCAGAGACGCCUCCAGCCCCGCGAGCCCUACCAGCCCCGCAGCAGUCGCCUCGCCCACCUCCUGUCCGAGGCCGCUCGCCCUGAGCGAAGUGCACCCCUCCCUUGCCCCCCACCCCCUGCUCUUCAGGCCUCAACCCCUUCCCCAACCCCUUCCUCUUAUGCCCUCCCUCCCUCUUGCAAUUCCUCACCUGCCAUUUAACCUAUGUGCCAAGCAGUACUCGGUGGAUCUCAGUCUCAAGCUCAGCACUCUUGAGUACUUCAACGCUUACCAACAGAAUUUACAGAAGUGUUUCAAGCCGGAGGACUUUUUGAAACCGGCUAACAAUCCUUCGUUCCUGUUGAACUCCUUCCGGUGAUAAGGAGGUAGUCGAACUUGUUAUUUGUUGUUGAAGGAACGUGUUGAUCUUCCCUGUACCUGUAUUGUAUAGAUUAAUUGUAGUUAUUUAUAUUAUAUAUUUUUGUAUUGAGUGAUGUGAAAGACAUAGUGUAGGGUAGUUGAUGAUGGCUGUAUGUACAUGAAUCUGCAUUUUCAACUGAGAGGCUUAAGUUUGUUUAGCCAUUGCCAUUGUAUGAGGACUCAGUAUUUUAGGCUCAUGCAUGCAGGUGAUUGAGCAGAAAUGAAAGGAUGUGUUGGUAUCACUCAUGACUGAACUUGUUAGGACAUUUUGCCAGAACAAAAGAUAUUUAUUCUAAGUGAAGCUCAAAAGUCAUUUUAUAGCCUUACUCAAGAAUUCAUUAGAUAGAUUGGAUUUUUUUUUCUUACUGGAGAAUUGCUCACUUUUCAGUGGCAUAAGUUGAAACUUUGAAAGUAAUUUACACCUUGCUCAAUGGCAUGUUGAAGAUAAUUUUCUAUUCAUAGUGCUGUGCUCACCUCAGAUAUGAUGAUUUUAUCUGUGUAUAUACUGUUGAAUUUUGUACCAUAAACAUACACUGAGUUGUACGAGAAUUAACUUGUGGUACAAACAUAUGGCCAUAUUUUUACCAUUGUGUGGUACGUCUAGCACUGAGUUCCUGCCUGUACCGCUGCUGCCAUGCUUACGUUUAGUCCCUAGAACUGAUGAGCCGCAUGAGGCUACACAGGCUGUGCUCCUGUAUCUCAAUUGCGUUAAUUAAUUUUGCUCAUUUUUUUUUUAUUUUGGACUGUCAUUGUAUUCCACCAUUCGUCAUAGUAAUUAUAUUUUCUCUUUCAUAAUUGAAGGUUUGUUAUUGGAAGUUUCCAGUCAGCUUCAAAGAUGUAAAUUUAAAGUUUAUAUUUUGGAUUAUAUUUACUCAUAAGUGAGACUAUUGACUACUCAAUCUUGAAAUUAAACCUGUGAUAAGAGUUUGUAAGAAAUAUAUUUUUAAAUACUUGUAAUUAGUAAAUGUUUAACCAAAUUUAGUCUUUAUUACAUUUGACAGAUUUCAAUUUGCAAAAGUAUUGAGAGUUCUAUCAAAAAUUAAUUCCAGUCCCUCUGUAUUGACCGCAUAUGGAGUGGGACUUGGUGUACUGCACCAUACUUGGAAAAAACUCAUAUAAAGAUAUAUAUUUAUUAUUUAUUUGAUUCAGAUAUUGUAUGUACGUUAUCUUCCUGACAUCUUCUAAGUGCCUACUUGUCCUAAAUGCCUUGCAACUGUCAAUUUUCUGUUACAAGUAUAUUGUACAUUUGCUUUUUUUCCCCUCUGGAUGAUAUUCUUUACCAGUAUACUUUUCUUUUAUCAAAACCAACAACAGAUUUGAUUUUGUACUAUUUUGGAAAACUUAGUCUUGUUGAGAACUGUAUCUAUACUUUUCAUUUUCUGUAAUUUUUCUGGGGUACUAUUUUUUGUCCUGUUUGGGUUUCAAUUAAUUUUACUUGGGUGAUAUAUGUUGAUGCCAUAUGGAUUUUCUUCGGAACUUCCAAAUUUUUUGUAGGUCUGAAAUUUUGUACAAAGAAGUCUGACUUUGUAAAUGACGCUGAUCAAACAUAAUGGUUGUACUUUUGUUAGACAUUAAUGUACCCAUUCAGUCCCUCUACGUGAUUCAUAUCAAUGUGUUGCCUUUGCGACAAUUAUGUGCCUUGAAUGAAAUAUACUAUCUAUCGAUAUUGAAAA